AUGAGGGAUCCCACUACCGAUAUGGAACAAAACUCACAGCAAACGACCAACGGGUCGACGGCCUCGCGUCGCAAUCCGAAUAAAUCGGUUCGCGUCGCAUUUGGUCCCGAGUUAGAGACUACGAUUCCCACCCGUGAAAGAUCUCCAGCUCCGUUGAGUGGCCAUCAUCGCUCGCUCACAGAAGUUGAACACAAGCAACCCACACUGACGCCACACGGGCGCCCAACCAGCUCAUCGGGAGACAACAGUGCCGUCGGAGAGAUCCCGCCCCGCCGCCCAUCGCCUCGGAGAUCGGGAGAGUAG